AUGUCUUCCGUCAAGAGACGCAAGCUCGACGUCAACCAAGAGCAGCUCGAGGGGGAAGAGGACAUAGACGAUGGCAUUGUCGCCGCGGAUGAUGAAUCGACCGACAAGACUUUCGCCGACCUGGGCGUCGUGGACUCUCUGUGCGAGGCGUGUACUGCGCUGGGCUUCACAAAGCCAACAGCAAUUCAAAGAGAGGCUAUACCCAUUGCGCUAGAAGGUAAGGACAUCAUUGGGCUUGCGGAGACAGGAAGUGGAAAGACGGCGGCAUUUGCUUUACCGAUUCUUCAAGAGCUUUUGGACAAGCCUCAACCAAUGUUCGGCUUGGUUUUGGCUCCGACCCGAGAACUGGCAUAUCAAAUCUCACAGCAAUUCGAAGCGCUCGGCAGCCUGAUCAGCGUACGAUGUGCCGUUAUCGUGGGAGGAAUGGACAUGGUACCACAGGCUAUCGCUCUUGCCAAGAAGCCUCAUAUCGUGGUCGCAACACCUGGCCGUCUAUUGGACCACCUAGAGAACACCAAGGGCUUCUCACUCAGACAAUUGAAAUACCUCGUGAUGGACGAAGCGGAUCGACUCCUCGACCUUGACUUUGGCCCCAUUCUCGACAAAAUCUUCCAGGUCCUCCCACGAGAGCGCCGGACCAUGCUCUUCAGUGCGACAAUGUCUACGAAGCUGAACAAUCUUACUCGAGCUGCUUUGCAACAACCUGUCAAAGUGAGCAUCAGCAGUAGCAGCUACCAGACCGUCAAGAACUUGAUGCAGCGAUACAUCUUCAUCCCACACAAGUUCAAGGACAUCUACCUGGUAUACUUAUUGAACGAAUUUGCCGGCCAGACCUGUAUCGUGUUCACCCGCACCAUCAACGAGACCGCGCGAAUAGCAUUCCUCCUGCGGGCCCUAGGUCGCUCUGCCAUCCCUCUUCAUGGUCAGAUGAACCAAUCCGCACGACUGGGAGCACUGAACAAGUUCCGUGGAGGCCACCGCGACAUUCUCGUUGCCACAGACGUUGCCGCGCGCGGUCUGGACAUUCCUUCGGUCGAUCUGGUGCUGAACUUCGACCUCCCACCCGACAGCAAAACAUACGUUCACCGCGUGGGUCGUACCGCGCGAGCAGGCAAGUCCGGCGUGGCGAUCUCGGUUGUCACGCAGUACGAUAUCGAGAUCUAUCAGCGGAUCGAGAAGGCACUGGGCAAGAAGCUAGAGGAGCAUCCGACUGAGCGAGACGAGGUCAUGGUGUUCGCGCCGAGAGUGGGAGAGGCACAGCGGAUUGCUGUGACGGAGAUGAAGAACGAGCAUGAGAAGCGUGGGGGUGCCACGGCGCCCUCCUCAAAGUCGACGGCGUAG